AUGUCGGACGCCGAGAAAGCCGAACAGCCCCAACAGAAGGAGCGGAGAAAGAUUGAGAUCAAAUUCAUCCAGGAUAAGACGCGGCGCCACAUUACAUUUUCGAAGCGUAAGCAUGGGAUCAUGAAGAAGGCUUACGAACUGUCGGUGUUGACAGGGACACAGGUGCUGCUGCUGGUGGUUUCGGAAACGGGCCUUGUGUACACGUUCACGACGCCGAAGUUCCAGCCGAUCGUCACGCAGCCCGAGGGCAAAAACCUGAUCCAGGCAUGCUUGAACGCGCCAGAGGAGGAAGAGGAAGACGAGGACGAGGACGAGGACGAGGUCAAGGACGAGGAUAAGCCCGAUGUCUCUGUGGGGGGCGUUGCUGGUCCAAACGCCGUGCAGGACGUGCCGGGCAACCCCGGCCCGGUGGACGUGGGGGUUCCGGCCGACCACGUUGCCGCGGCGCACUCUGUGGCGGCCGCGACCGCCCACCACCACGCCGUCGCCGCGCACCACCACCAGCUCUCGCCGCAGCAGCAGCAGAACUUCAACAAUCCGGCCGCCUACCUAAACGCAGAGCAGGCGGCUGUAUACCAGCAGUAUUUCAACGGAGUCAACUCCCAGCAGGGCCAGUACUGA